AUAUUAUAAUAUAUACUAAUUUAGAAUUGAAAACAAAAUAUUUAUAUAAAAAUAAAUGAAUACAAAAAUCCGCGUGGUUGCGCGGAUCGAGAUCUAGUCGAACUACUACGUUUGAGAUAGGUAUAUAUAUUCCUCAAUCAUACGAUUCUGUUAGCAUUUUAUAUUAGAUCAAUAUUUAUACUUUAAUUUGAUAUACGUUCAAUCUAUGAUUGAAUUAUAGAUUAUAUUUUGAUAGAUUUUCUACCAUGAUCAUUAUUGUUUUUUCGUAUGUAUUUGCCAUACCCAGAUUUAGGUUUGCAAGAACCUCAUUAAUUUUUUAGUCAAAAAAAAAGAACCUCAUUAAUUUUGAAGAAUUCUGUGCGAUUGAAAUAUUAUUAUUUAUUUAGUUUAAACUUUAGAAUUUGAUGCAAUGUAAAGCAAACAUUUGAUUCUUUUCAUUUAUAUCUGUUUGUUUAAGUUAUUUCAUCACACUUGAAAUAUAUAUGCAGUUCAAAAACAAGGUAAUAGAAAAAUAAAGGAAAAAAAAAGAUCUAAUAGUUUCAAAUCAAAGAAAAUAAUACCAGACAUUUAAAGAAGCAAAGUGGAGAAGAUACGCUUUAUAAUUUGAGAGUAGUGUUUCAAAAAGUGUUUAAACAAGCUCUAUGCUUUGAUUAAAAUUGGAGAACAAGAAAAAGAGUGUGUGGUGACGUCUCAAUUGCAUAGUUAAAAACUAUUUCUGUUUUUUUUUCAUUAAAAUUAUCAAUGUAGAUAUUAAGAUAAUUAUAAACAUUUAAAUUGGAUAAUUAAGUAAUUUAUAAUAUAUAAGUGUAUUUUUCUAAAAAGCUAAAAACUGAUGUAGAUUUCAAAAUAUAAUCUUAUUGGAAGGUAUUUUUCCCAAUUUCUCCUAAAUUUUUUAAUAAAUAAUUUGUAACAAAAUGAAAAAACACAAAUCUUAAAACUAAUAAUUGUAGAAAAACAAUUAUUAGAAUUUUUUAACAUCUUCUAAAAACUAAUUUGUCAUUUACAAUAAAAAAAUACACAACUCUUAAAAUUAGUAGUAACUAACUGAACUCUAUUAACAUCACUCGCUCUUACGCUCUUCUUCUUCCUUUUCUUCGCUUCAUCCCCAAAGAAAACAACCACUUAUUCUUCCCUCCUUUUCUUUCCUUCAUCCCCAAGAAACAACCGCUUCUUCUUCCUUCUUUCGAUUAAGUUUCAUUAUGGCUGCUGCUGAUGAUUAUUUAGAGAUCAAAGACGAGCUGAUGGGAGCAGGAGACGAGCUGAUGCUCUUACGUUAUCUGAAGCCGAUGAUCGACGACGGAGCAUCCUGGCCUCAACACUUCGCCGAAGACGCAGACGUGUUCAACAAGAAUCCAAGCACAGUAUUCAAUCCUGAGAACACAGUCUUCCUGAUCGUCAAACCCCGAACAGAGACGUGUGGUAAAACCGACGGAUGUGAGUAUGGUAGCUGGAGGAUCAUGGUACGUGAUAAACUGAUCAGGAACGAGGAGACCGGGAAGCUUCUAGGGUUUAAGAAGAUUCUCAAGUUCUGCGUAAAGAAGACGAAGACGAGAGGCAGAGAGUACAAGAGAAGCUGGGUUAUGGAAGAGUACAGGCUUCCGAACCCUAAGCAAGAUCACGUGAUUUGCAAGAUUCGGCUUUUAUUCCAAACCGAAAUAGGUUUCUUGCUAUUUAAGCAUUUCUCCUAUUCGUGUGGUCCGCUUCCUGCAAAACAGUCGUUGCCAGCUUAUGGAUACGGUUUUCCUAAUCCAGAAGACGAGGGUGCAUAUUAUCUGCAGAGCUUGAUCGAUCAUGAAAACGAAUGGCCUAGCUACGUUACCAACGACGUGUACUGCAUGCAUCCAUCGGCGCUUGUGGAUCCUCAUCGUGAUCAGAUGUUUGCACGAUUCGGACUCUGCAUCUUCGCUAACCGGACAGAGGCGUGUGGUUAUACCGAUGGGUGUGAAAGCGGUUGCUGGAGGAUCAUGGAGGGUGAUAAACCCAUCUCUUCGAUCAUGGUGGGUGAGAUGUUUGGUUACAGGAGGGUUUUCAAGUUUUGCGAAAAGGAUAUAGACAAGCACCUUGGUAAGGUCGACGGAGAAGUUAUGUUUCUGACUUGGAUUAUGGAGGAGUAUAGGCUUGCUGAAGAGGAGAUGAAGGAUAAAGUGUUGUGCGUUAUCAAGCUUCAUCGGAGGUAAAUAUCCACUGAUCAUUGAUCAUUGAUUCAGGAGUCUCUGUGUGUGUGUGUUAAUUCUCCCUCUGUAUUCUAACUAUGAUAUAGUUUCUUAAUUCUCUAGCUAUUCAAUUUGGUUUAG